AUGGCCGCACAAGCUGUCCGCGAAAAGCACGAGAUACAAACGACGGCUGCCACAAUUGACAGCGUGCUGCAAGAAGACGACAGCGAGCUCACCUAUUUGCCGGUCGAAAAACUAGAGACAUGUGGCCUGAACGCGCGCGACAUCACCCUCCUCAAAUCGGCCAGUUUUCACACGAUCGAAGCGAUUGCGAUGGCGCCCCGCAAGGAAGUGUACGCCGUCAAGGGGAUCUCCGAGCAGAAAGCAGAUAGAAUUAUCCUCGAAGCGCAAAAGCUGAUCCCGAUGGGCUUCACCUCGGCGAGCGACGUGCACUUGAAGAGGAGCAGCUUGGUGUCGAUAAGAACGGGCAGCGCCAAUCUUGAUCGAAUCCUCGGUGGUGGCAUUGAAACCGGCUCGAUCACAGAGCUUUUUGGUGAAUACCGAACGGGCAAGUCGCAGCUCUGUCACACGCUCGCCGUUCUCUGCCAGAUGCCAGUGGACAUGGGCGGCGCGGAAGGAAAAUGCAUGUUUAUCGACACAGAAAACACAUUCCGACCCGAGCGGCUGGUAUCCAUUGCACAAAAGUACGGCCUUGUGGCGAAGAGCGUCCUCGACAAUGUUGCGGUGGCAAGAUGCUACAACUCUGACCACUUGCUGAGCCUACUCGACCACGCCGCCGCCAUGAUGGCCGACAGCCGCUAUGCGCUGAUUAUAGUGGACUGUGCGAUUGCCCCAUUCAGAUCCGACUACAAUGGCCGUGGUGAGCUGGCGGCCCGGCAGCAAGCCAUCGCCAAGCUCAUGCGCAAACUGGCCGGUCUUGCCGACAUUUUCGGAGUUGCCGUCGUGAUUACAAAUCAGGUUGUCGCCCAAGUCGAUGGAAGCGCGGGCCCCUAUCAAGCCGACCCGAAGAAGCCCAUCGGCGGCAAUAUCGUGGCCCACAUGAGCACCACCCGCCUCGGCCUUCGGAAGGGAAAAGGCGAAAAUCGCGUCUGCAAGAUACACCAAUCCCCGUCGCAACCCGAGUCCGAGGCCACCUUCGCCAUCACCGACCACGGCAUCGACGACCCGAAGGAGACG